AUGGAAUCAGAACCUUCUGUAUUCAAGUCUGGACAAAGUCCUUUAAACAGGAAGUAUUUAACUAAGCAAGAGAAGUGCAGUGAUAAUUCCAAGGCUCAAGUAAAGAGGAAUGGAUGCCAAUCACAAAAAACCAGAACAACCCAGCAUCAAUUGGAAGGUUCUCAAGAUGAAUCGGAAGAAAAUGGACACUAUUUGGAGAAAUCUAGAGGCUCUCAUCAUCAACAGAGAGAUCGAUCUAGAGGCCAAUUAGAGAGAUCUCGUAGCCCCUGAGAAAGAUCUCAUGGCCACCAAGAGAGAUCUCGUGGCCACUCGAGAUCUCAUGGCCAUUCAGAAAGAUCUCAUGACCAAUCAGGGAUUUAUUGAAGAUACUCACCAAUAGGAAGAUUUGAAACUU